CCACUGCCACACCAUUCCAAAAAAGAAAUUAGUGGACUUUGUGCCCAUCUUGAGAUAUCAAUAUUCCCUUUGCAGAACAGCCCAUCAAAAGUUCCCCUCUAUUAAUACCACCCACAAACUCCCAUUCCCAGGGUAGGACUUCCAAGUCCCAGAACUCAUAGCUUUCCUUCAAAAAACCUGCAAAAUAUCAACACCUUGAGCUGCAAACCUCUGCUUGAAGCUUUUUUCAGCACCAAAAAUGGCGUCCAGGAGAAUAGUGAAGGAGCUGAAGGACUUGCAGAGAGACCCUCCAACUUCCUGCAGUGCAGGGCCAGUGGCGCAAGAUAUGUUCCACUGGCAAGCCACCAUAAUCGGGCCAAAUGACAGUCCAUAUUCUGGUGGUGUUUUCCUAGUAUCCAUUCACUUCCCACCAGAUUAUCCAUUCAAACCUCCCAAGGUGGCUUUCAGGACAAAAGUGUUCCACCCUAACAUAAACAGCAAUGGUAACAUCUGCCUGGAUAUACUCAAGGAGCAAUGGAGCCCUGCACUUACCAUCUCCAAGGUUUUGUUGUCGGUCUGCUCGCUGCUAACCGAUCCAAACCCAGAUGACCCAUUGGUCCCUGAAAUAGCCCAUAUGUGCAAGACGGACAAGAUCAAGUAUGAAGCCACUGCUCGCAGCUGGACCCAAAAAUAUGCCAUGGGAUGAUGGAAUUUCUAUAUGAUUUUGGCUUACCAUUUCUCCACACCUUGUUUUCUAAAUCUACAAUAAUGAACUACUGAUGCUGAUAAUCAUAGAUUCAUAAUCAAGAAGUGUUAGAUAAUUGAGUUGAAGAGACUAAGAAUUUGCAGACAAUUCCAUUGCAAAAAUCUGCUGCAGUUUUUUAUUAUGAACUAACACUGUUACAUAAAUGACAUUGUUUGAUUACGAUAUGACAUCAAACAAAUUGAACCCAGAAAUCUGAAUAACAAUUAACAAAAGGGUAAGAAUUGG